GCCCAUUUUGGUGUACAUUUUCAUUCUACUCCAUUAUUCUUUUGCUAUAAUGCAAAUGGUUUACUCAGACAACGUAUUUGGGUGUAUUCAGGCAUGAGAACAUCGUCAAGGGUCACUUCACAGGGCGUGCUAUAUGAAAACCACACAAAUUCGCUUUCCUCUGUGUAACGUUACUCUCUUCAUAGCCUCAACCAUGCGCGGGCGGUAUGAUUGUGGAUGGAUCCUUGUGCUGUUGGCACUGAUUAAUCCCAGUGAUGCAGCAAGUCAAACUGUAAACCAGGAGCUUUCGAAUAUUUUCAAUGAGCUCUGGAAGCUGGAUGUGAAUCGCCUGAAGCCUGGAACUGAUUAUAAAAUCACACUACAGGGCAAAGCUGGUUACAUACCACAGGGAAGCACAAGUGCAGUAGACCAUGCCUCAUCCCCACUGUUUUCCAGUGUCGAUGAGGCCAAAUUGAACAACAUUACCACUUAUGCACGUUUCAUGAAGCUUUUGGACAACUAUGAGAGGUCCACUGGUGUGGCAGAGAGGGUGACCACUGAGGAGGUGACCGAAAAUAACUCCUUUCUGGAUGCUAUCUUAGAUACAGCGGUCAUGAAGCGUGCCCACCGGUACCUGAUUGGUAAGAGGAAAUCACGCUCAGAUCUGAGACAGUUUAAGAGUCAGUUGUACUACAUGUGGUUCCGUCUUUAUCAUAGAGACAGAAAUGGAGGAGAGGACUCCAGUGGAUUUGAGCAUGUGUUUGUUGGGGAAACCAAGUUUGGCAGAGAAAUCAUGGGUCUUCACAACUGGGUCCAGUUUUACCUGCAAGAGAAGCAGAAUCUUCUUGAUUACAAGGGCUACAAAGCCAAGGACAAUGAUGUGCCUGAUGACGAUGACCAUGUCUUGAACGUGCAGUUCAGCUGGCAUGGUUUGGUCAAGCCAGUGGCCAGUGCCUUUGUUGGUGUGAGCCCUGAGUUUGAGAUGGCCAUCUUUACCAUCCUGUUCCUCACAUCCACUGAGAAGACCACCACAGCUGUGGUCAAUCUGGAUGAGUACCAGCUGGAGAUGGUGGUGCACAGACAUGGCCGCUCUAUCGGGACCGCUUAUCCCAAACUGCUGAGCAGCAACAACAGACACGUAUAAAUCCCACACUAACCUGAGAGUAGCUUUUGAGCUUUUUUACAUUUAAAAAAAAAAAAAAAAAAAUCUUUUAAAUGCAUAUUGUAAUUUUAAAUACAUAGAUAUUUGUUGUGUAUUGGAGAAGUCUUCAUUUUAGAUGCUUGUGUUUACUAAUAUGUUAAAGUACACUAUGCUCAAUUUAUUUUAAAAUCCAAGCAAAUAUAAAAUUUUCUCAUAUAAUGGUCAUUUCUUAUAUGUUUUAUAUCUGUUUGCCUAUUUUGACCACGACUGCUGUUAUAUACAUUGUUGGUUAUGGAAAAUAGAGCUUUCACAUUAAAAAGAAUUUCUUGA